UUUGCACCCAUUGCUUGUGCGACAGCAUUGAAAAUAUUACAUUCUCCAUGGAGGAAUUUCGAAGAUAAUACUGUAAAAUGUCUGAAGAAGGUGAUGAAAUCAAAUAAAGAAUUAGUUAAAAUGGUUAAGCGAUUGAAAGAUAAUAAAGUGGAAGUUGCACGUACAUUUUAUCAAGCGUUGGAGGGCUUUCCAUUACAGACAAUUGAACAAUUUCAUGAGUUCGAAAAUGAUAAUUCAAAGAAUAACCAAUAUGACAAAUUAUACCAUCAUUUGCGCGGUAUGGGUGCUGCUAAAUUACGCGAUUUUGUACACAUGUGCUUCAAAGAGUCAAUGAAAGACGAGCUUGUGUGCAAAUUUACAUGGCCUGGUGGUUCCGGGACCGAAAAAUUUGGUGAUACCAAACUCGUCAAAAUAAUGUAUGAUGCAGCACAGAGCUGCCCCCUUUUUGACGGACCAUUAAACAAAACUGUAUUUAAAGCAGAGGUCCAAGAAGUUUUAAGGGCAGUAAAACAGCGCGUAAAAAGUCGAAAAAAUAAAAAUAAAAAUAAAGCCAGCAAUGGAAAAAAAGCGAAGAAGACAAUGAUGGAUGUGAAACACCAAACAAUCAAAAUUAAAAAUUAAAUUAUAUAAAUCUUUACAACUCACAGUUUCUUUGUAACAGUUGAUAUUCGAAAUUUACUUAUAAUCGUUUGUUAUAAUUUACAUUUAAUAUUAAGGUACAUAUUAACACGUUAAGAAAUGUGUGCAUUUAAAAGAAUACAUGUGAUUUAGUGCAUAAUCUACAGUUAAAGGGAUUCUUUUAGAAGUUGUAAAUAUUUUAAUUAUUGUGUCAUUUAUAAAAUUGACAUGAGCAAGUUGACCAUAAUGACAUAUGACUCGACUCGUUGUUACAGUAGUAGAAAAACACUGUUUGCAAACGAAACAGUGCACGUCCAAACGGAUAAUAAAAAAAUUAAGUCUAUUAAUGAUACAUAUAAGAAAA